AUGUCGAGGAAGUUCAAGGCUGCUGGGCUCUUGUCACGUGUGGAGGCGGCCCUACAAAAGCGGCGGCGCUCCCUGAGUUUCUUGGAGGAGGUUCUGAACGCCUGCCGGGAGCAACAAAUGGAUAUGCAAGAACCCAGGGUGGCCAAGGCCUUGGACCUCUACGAGAGGCUGAAGCGAUUGCGCAAGGAGCUGGCCGUGGCCCGAGAGCAGAAACAGCUGCUGGAGCUUAGGGACGCCUUGACCUCUGCGGAAGAGUUGCAGUUUUGGGAUUCGGAGGUGGUGGUCGCUGAGACGAGCUUCACAGCUUUGUUGAGUGAAGCAACUCGAAGCAAUGGGGUUCUGUGA